AUGGAUCGUGAAGCGCAUAAAGAUUGUGAUACUGCCUUUGAGACAGGCGAUAUCCAUCUUGUUACAGAGUCUCACGAGCAGAUGCCCGGUGAAAUGGAGAACGUGGCCAGCUCGCAUAGUUCUGAUUCGGAUUCAGGCAUUGAGAUGCAGAUAUGCCUCAAAUCGAUAGAGAGAGUCAACCGCUUGCGGGUGAUGGUUGGAGCGGAAAUUGCGAAACAUUUUCGCCUAGGUGAUAGUAAGCGCGACCAAAUCCAGGCUGUGCUAAAACAGAACACAUCGCGCAUUUUGAAAAGGUUGCAGCGUCUGAAGGAAACCAUCGAGAAACGCAUUUGCGCUCUGGCUACCUCAGACAAAGUCAAAGAGCAUAUUGGCUUGAGCAGCGAAGAUGAUGUGGCCAAUAGACUAGAACAGCUAGUUAUAGGCGAAUGUACCCUGAAUGAAGUUUGCAAACAAAAGCAUGAUGAGAUUCGAACUCUUAAGGAAGAGCUCGAGAAGCAGAAACGACGACUGGCCGAGCUCGACGGCUCUCAUGACCGCGACGGACAUCUAGGGCAGCAUGAUCCAUCACCAGGUAGGGUAAUGCCUGAAACUAGUAGUGUCAAUGUUGCCAGCGAUCUCAGUGAGUCUGAUGAACACUUUCAGAGUGGCUGGCACAUGCGGGAGAAAAAGAAGGGCUGCCGUUGCGAGAGGUUCAGCAGUUCGUCGAGGAGGAACUGCAAGGAUCCAGCCUUGCCUGACGUUUCACCAUACUCUGGAAAAGAAAAAGAAUACUCGUUUGAAAACUUUGUAGAAGCCUUCGAUUUGAAAUACCCUGGACAGUAUUGGGAAGAUGAAGAACGCUGCGCUUUGUUCAAAUCAAAGUUAACGGGUGAAUUAAAGCGCCUUCAGAAACCAGAAACACAGUCGUUAGAAAGGCUUUCGCGUAGAGCUUAUCCGGAGCUGGACGAAAGGACGUUGUCAGUCAUCCGCGCAGACCAUCUGAAUGAUCAGUUGUCUCACUGGGAUGACUCCUGUCGCCUGCAAGAAGCUCUGGAAGGACCUGGUGGCGAUAUGAAUGAAAGGCUAAAAGAUGCCGCUAUGAGGGCUGAAAGAAGACACGUAGCCCUCGAGAGCCGUGCGAAGAGCAAGCCGCCGCACAGCUCGUGGAUUAAGGCCAAAGGGAAACGCUUUCAAAGGAGGAGUACGAAGGAGGCCUACAAAGGACUCAAAGAGGAAAACUGUAAGACUGAGAUCGUAGCCAGUCGGGACAGUAAAGCGAAUAAGGAACUACAAAAUAUGAAAUGCUUCCGAUGCAAAGGGACUGGUCGCAAGGCACGCGACUGCAAGAGCGCAGCGGCUAGAGAACCGAAAAGCCCUAUGUCUUUAUCAGUACGAGUGAAAGUUCUUGGCAGAGACAGAAAGGCUUUGUUAGAUACGGGAUCAGAAGUAUUGAUUCUGCCGUCGAGAGUACUCAAGGAGGCAAUGAGUGACGGAAUCGACAUCGAUGCAGUAGUCAAGGGGAUCCCAGUGCCCAAGUCGCUGAAGAUCACUGACGUUUCAGGAAGGGUGAUGAACUUUUUGACCGCGGUAGACAUUGAUGUAGCGGACCUCCUGUGA